ACACGGAGGCAGCCUCCCCUCUUGGGCCUCCCCUCUGGCCUAGAGGCUCUGCUUGUCUACUCGCCCCCUGGAGAAGAGCAAGGCGAUGUGUCUGCCCCUGCUGCUGCCCCUGCUGCUGCUGCCAGCAUCUCUGCAGGCUGGUGGCUCAGCAAAAUGCACCUCAGGCGUUCCUUAUAAAAUGAUCCAGCCAAUACACCUCUCAGCCCCCGAGGGUGGCUCCAUCCACAUCCCAUUCUCCUUCUGUUACGGCUGGAAGUUUACCAAGGUUCCUAGUGUGAGAAUAUCCUGGAGACGGGGAGAGUUCCAUGGGCAGUUCAUCUACAACACAACCCCACCUUUCACCCAUGAGGAUUACAAGGGCCGCCUCUCCCUGCACUGGACGAAGGGCCAGAGGAAUGGCUCCCUCCAGAUCUCUAACUUGCGGAGGGAAGACAAGUUGAAGUACUUCUGUCGAGUUCAUUUGUCCACACAGACAGAAAACGAGACAGUGUGGCAGUCCAUCAAGGGGACCCAACUCACCAUCACCAGAGCCACCGAGAAACCCACGGAGGGCGCCACCAGCACCAUCGCCACCACCACAAACGGCGUCAGUGUCUCGGGGGAAGAGAGGGCCUCAGGGACUUGGCCCCUUACUCCGGGAGCUAUAGUUGGGGUGGCACUGGCCAGUGCUGUGCUCAUAAUUGCAAGUUUGGGUCUGAUGGUCUACCUCGGGUGGAAGAGAAGCAAAGGUCUGCAGACUAAAGCCAGAGCCCCAGACAGGGGAUCCUCCCAUAACACUGAGGAGAAGUAUGAGAACGUUGGGAGGAAAGAACAACAUGAAGACCCCAAGCUGGGCCCAAAGGUUGAUGGCAUCCUCUAUGCCUCCCUCGUCCUCUCUGGCUCGACCUCACCGUCAGCACCUCCCCGCCGCCUUCCCCACAACAGCCCCCAGGAAGAGACCGUGUACUCUACCCUAAAGGCCUAAGGAGUGGGACUGAAUGACGGCCUCCUUAGAGUAAGCCGCUCAGAGGGGUCAGCACUUCCCAUAAUACUUCCCAUAAUGAUCCCCGCCAGACACAGAUGACUCAGAGGUCAACAGGGGUCAAAGGCCACCAAGGACCUGAGAGAAACAGCCACCGGCUCCAGUUCCUUGUCCACAAAAAGAAAAGUACCAGGCCACAAAUAUUUUUAAAAAAUGAAUGCAUCUAAGGAGAAAACUGAUGUCACCUUCAACUUCUGUCCUUCUUGCUAAAAAUGAACUAUAAUAAACAGCACAUACCCCAGGUCCUCCUCUAGUGCUUCUGUUCAGUGACCACAGGUCUCCAAACACUGGUAGAGAGCCUGGAAUCCAAGUUC